AUGCCUGUCGUUCUAGCAGAGCCCAAGGAACGCGAGGUUCUCGACCAUGGUCGCAAAGGCGCACGAGCUCUCCGCCAGAUUGCUCUCGAGAAUGCUCUGCUUGAUGAGCCGAGUCCACAAGCCCUGGCUGAGGAAAUCCCCUGGUCUGUUACAAGAGAUAUGUUGAUACACCUCUUGAAUGGUCGACGGCAAGCCGAAGCAGAGGUCUCGCUCCUCAAAGACUCCAUGCCGUUAAUGGACAGAGAGCACUUUCUCGGCAUUGAUAAGAAUGCUGAGUUCGUCAAGGAACAUCACGGCAGCUUCAACGUUGGCCUGCUCGACCACCAAGUACCCGCCAGCACAUGGGAGGGCGUCGUCAAAUCAGCCAAAGAACUCAAAUCACUUUCAACUUUCGUAUCGCGACGUACAAAAAUUGCCAGAACUUUUAGAGAUGUUAGGCUGAUCGAGAAUUCGGGCAACUCCCUGCUUCGGUAUAGGAUGUGCAAAAAGAUCGACCACGAGGCGGGCACCAGAUCCUGUAAGGAUGACAACCACUUCAAACUUGAAGACCUCAUCUCUCCGCAACUCCUCAAGCUCCGCUUGGAAGUCCUGCAAUCCGAAUGGGAGUGGGUGGACGAGGGCAAAGACGAUGAGGGUGACGAGCGUUGGAGUCACGGAGACCUUCGCUUGACCUUUGGUGAUGGGUGGUUCGAUGUAGAUCAUGCGGAUCUUGGCGGGUUUUCACCAGUGUUCUGGGCCCAUUUUGACGGCGAUGAGGACAGUAUCAUGAGUGCAAAUAUUUACCUCAAUGCUCUGUUGAGCCCAGUGGAGGCAUCAAGUUACGGGAAUCUCGAAACGCUGGACGCUUCGCAGUUCGCUAUGGCAAGGUAUUCGAGCUGCUCGACAAGGAUAAAUGAGCAUUUUCAGCGUGGCCUUUGGAUCCCAACAUUUCGAAUCAAGGCGGGCUUUGAGGGCUGA